GGUUUUAAAAAUAAAGGACUUUAUAUCAUUUUAGGCAGAAGCUUUUGUCUUUCUCUUUAAAGGAAUAUAGUACAGUAUAGUUAAGAUGUCUGUUGAUUUUACCUCGAAAGCAGUGGAGCUCUUCAACCGUGCAACAGGGCAUGACAAUGGGGGGGAAUAUCAAGAGGCUUAUCGUUGGUACAUGGAGUGUAUUGAUGUGUUCAUGACCGCAAUGAAGUAUGAGAGUAAGAAUCCAACAAAGCGCGAGUUGCUUAGAAAGAAAGUAAGUGAAAUAUUAAAGCGGGCCGAGCAGAUCAAAGAAUAUUUAGACAACUCCAAGGACGACGGUAACGGUGGAAAAGCUUCAGGUGUCUUACAGAAAACAGGGAGCUCUGAAAAAAAGGCCAAGGAAGACGACGAAGACAGCAAGCGGAUGCGCAGUGGCCUAGAGAACGCAAUUUUGCGAACGAAACCGAAUGUUCAAUGGAGUGAUGUCGCGGGUUUAGACGCUGCUAAAGAGGCUCUAAAGGAGUCUGUCAUCUUACCCAUCCGCUUUCCACAGCUAUUCACGGGAAACCGCAAGCCAUGGCGUGGAAUUCUUUUGUACGGCCCACCUGGAACUGGUAAGUCAUACUUGGCAAAGGCUGUAGCCACCGAGUCAGAGGGAACUUUUCUGAGCGUUUCGAGCUCCAACUUGCUCUCGCGCUGGAUGGGUGACUCUGAGAAGCUGGUGCGGACGUUGUUCGAGAUGGCCCGAGAGGAGUACCGUAAGGAGGGUAAACCAGCUAUUAUAUUUGUGGACGAGAUCGACGCACUCGUGUCGUCCCGCUCAGAUAACGAGAAUGACGCCUCUCGUCGUGUCAAAACAGAGUUCCUGGUACAAAUGCAGGGUGUGGGUAAUGACAGCCAGGGUAUCCUGGUGUUGGCAGCAACCAACAUUCCGUGGAGCCUUGAUGUGGCUAUUCGGCGGCGUUUUGAACGGAGGAUCUACAUCCCACUUCCAGAUAUGCAGGCAAGGCGGCGAAUGCUUCAGAUUCAUAUGGGCAAUACAUCCCAUACCCUGACAGAGGAAGACUGGAUGGAUUUGGCCCAGCGUACUGAAAUGUACUCAGGGAGUGAUAUUGAGCAGGUCGUUCGAGAUGCUCUCUUCGAGUGUAUCCGCACAAUGCAAGUGGCGACGCAUUUCAAGCGUGUUUCAGGACCAAGUCCGAAGGACCCGACACGAGUUGUUAAAAACCUACUCGCACCGUGUUCCCCAGGCGAUCCGGAUGCGUUUCCAAUGACGAUUGAUGAGAUCACGGAUCCGGAGCUGCUAGUCCCCCUCCCAGUGACCAAGAUGGACUUCCUUAAGGCAUUACGCACUACCAAGCCCAGUGUUUCAGAUGCGGAUAUUGAGCAACACACCAAGUUCACAGCGGAAUUCGGUCAAGAGGGUUAA